AUGGACCAACCUGUUCCAGUGCAGCCUUCUCCCUUUGCAGAUGGAGGUUUGAUUGGGAGUUUUCCACCUCCUUAUCAAUCUCAGGCUCCUUUCCAAAAUCCACCUCAACCAAGUCGAUCUCCUCAGUUCUGGGACAGUGGCAUUAUGGUGGUAUUUAGCGCAGUUCAGGAGCUUCCUCCUCAACAAACUAUUCUGUACCGUGUUUCCAUAGAUAGUUUGAGAUGCCGCUCAAAGGUCCUGGAUGAUAUCUUUGGCAUUCCUCCCUCUACUCAGUCUCCAAACCAAGGCACCGAGGGUAAUCCUAUUGCUCUUCCUACUUCUAUUACCGCGGAGAAAUUUGAAAGUUUUCUUAUGUAUUUGAACUGUCGUGGUUGGAACGAGUUCGAUGACAAGGUCCCUGCAAAUAUACUCAACCUUCUAGACAUUUCCGCCCUUCUGGAGGCAGAUGGGGCUUUGUCUUAUGCUAUGAGCAAGGUUGUGGGGCUGAAGCUCCCCUCUGCACAGCUUCUUGGACUUGCCUGGCGUCACAGAGCCCACCCCCAGGUUCGGGAAUGGAUUGAACCAGCUGUGAUGGGCCUGCUGAAUACACCUCUGAGGUGCCACAGCACAGACCAGGAAUCUUCAAUUGGACUUGCUUAUCCUAUUAUCGCAAAGGCAAGAGAGCGUAUACAAGAAGCAAGACUUAUUCUAGCAGCUAUUCCCUUCCAGCUUGCUCCAAGGGAUAUGCUGUUUCCGGAGUGUCCAGAUGAACUUCAUGAGUAUUGUGAAAAGUCAUGGUUGUUUUUUUGGUAUCAGAACAUCACCGUGGAGCUUAUACAUCCGACGAAGCUGCCUUUGUCUUAUAAUGGUUUGGUACAGCUUGUCCAGGAAACUAAAUUUGAAAACCUUCAGGAUGGUUGUAAAGCUCGUACUCUGGACCGCAUGAGGUCAUAUGGAGACUACCCAACGGUUCCUGACAUCUUUCGCUCCGCAGUUUUACAAAUUAUUGAGCUUUUCAACAUCCCAAGUUCCAAACCACAAAUUUACUCAGAGCUUUGA